AGUUUAUUUGAGUGGAAGGAUAACAGUUCCUUCGGUGAGGCCAAGGCUCCGCUCACAAGUCACGUGCAAAUCAAGGUAUCUCCCAUGCCCUUCCUACAUCAGAAUGCCUGUUAGCUGUGAUAAUGAGUCAAGAAACCGCUCACAAUCAAAGUAACCAAGUACCAAGCGAUGGGCAUGAAAAUGUUCAUACUGAAUCAUCCAGUUUCACACCUCCUAUUCAAACUGAACAAGUGAACUCACAACAUAUUCCCCAAAAUGAUCAAAAUGUUGGAGGUCAACCUGAUGCUAUGUUACCUACCUUAAUGGUAAACUUCUUGCAACAAAUGACUCAUGCCCCUAUGUUUCAACCACCUCCACCACCACUUCGUUUGAUCACUUUCAAAACCUUGAAAGAUAAUGGUGCUGAGGAGUUCUUGGGAGAUCGAAUUGCCGAACCCCAGAUCGCUCUUGAAUGGAUCGAGCAGACCGCUCGUGUACUACAAAAUCUGAACAUACCUCUUGCUGAUCAUCCAAAAUUUGCAUCUCAAUUGCUCCGUAAGGAAGCCUAUGAAUGGUGGAAACGCACUGACGAAAAUCCAAACACACCCAAACCGUGGACUUAGGAAUUCUUCGAUUGAGCGUUCAAGAAGGAAUAUAUACCAGCUCGAUUCUGUGAAGAAAAGCGUGCUGAAUUUAUUCAAUUGAAGCAAAGAGAUAUGACACUCCCUGAAUACCGACAAAGAUUUGUCCAUCUCGCUCAAUUUGCACCCACACUGGUGAGCACAGCGGCUGACCGCAUUGAGGAGUUUCGCAAAAGACUUCGACCUGAUCUCAGGCCGCACGUAUCUACUAUUCAAACUCUGGAUUUCAUUGAGGCAUACGACCUAAUCUCUAAAGCCGACAAAGAUCUAAGUGAUUAUUAUGAAAGUCUGAAGAUUGAGAUUGUCAAUUUAAAUGAACGACCAAAUACAAGUGGGAAGAGACCUCUGCAAGAAAUUGAUAGUGCCCUA